UCGAGGAUGUAUGGAUGGAUAAAGCUGGCAGCUUUCGUUCGGGGAGGAGCGCCUCCUCUAAAGCCAGCGGCUGUGUGGCGUGCAGCAGUUCAUCCUGAGCAGAGCAGAGCAGCGACACAACAGGGCGCAGCAUCAGGGACUCAAGGAAGAGGCACCCAGAGGCUCGAGCAAGCAUUAACCCAUAGCAGCCGUUCCUGUGGAUGGACAGUGCCGUCACCCAUGGCGUCACAGGAGUGUGUGGAUGCGAGAGACCCUGUCGUGGACAUUCCAAAUCCAGGAAUGGAGGGGGCUCCUGUGCCCAAUGGUGGUAAAACAUGUCCUGUCCACAUUCCAGGUGGGGAGGAUACCAAGAGGGGCUUCAGGAAAGGCAUAGGGAGGCAUAAUGACUACGUGAAGAUCUCUGUGCCUGAUUUUAAAGUCAGCCCUCUGCCCAUGGAGUGGUGGAAGACAAUAAUGGCCUUCUUUUAUGCUGGCUUCAACCUGGUUCUUACCACAGUCGUCAUCACUGUAGUCCACGAGAGGGUCCCACCCAAAGAAAGCAGCCCACCUCUUCCUGAUAAGUUCUUUGACUAUAUUGACAGGGUUAACUGGGCGUUCACUGUAACCGAGAUCAAUGGCAUGGUGCUGCUGGCCAUCUGGAUGAUCCAGUUGUUCUUCUUCAGAUACAAGUCAAUCGCAAUCAGACGCUUCUUCUUCCUCAUUGGCACCCUGUACUUGUACCGCUGUGUCACUAUGUACAUCACUACCUUGCCUGUACCUGGCAUGCAUAUGACCUGUGCUCCUAAGCUCCAUGGAGACUCCCAUGCAAAAAUCCAGCGUAUUCUGCAGCUGAUUUCCGGUGGAGGUCUUUCCAUUACGAACUCUCAUCUGUUGUGUGGAGAUUUUCUUUACAGCGGACACACAGUGAUGCUCACGCUCACAUAUCUAUUCAUCAAGGAGUACUCGCCGCGGUCGUUUUGGUGGUACCAUCUGAUGUGCUGGCUGCUGAGUGCCGUGGGUGUGGUGUGCAUCUUGGUGGCUCAUGAGCACUACAGUGUGGAUGUGGUUGUGGCCUAUUUUAUCACCUCACGCCUGUUCUGGUGGUACCACACCAUGGCCAACUUGCAGAUACUGAAAUGUUCACCCAACAACUACCUCACCAACACCUGGUGGAACCCUCUGUUCAACUUCCUGGAGAGGAACGUCCAAACCGCGGUGCCAUGCUCAUACAGCUGGCCCAUCACUUGCCCUCCCGCCUGCCUCAAGAACCCCUGCAAGAAGUAUUCCAUGGUACAAAGUACACGAGAGGAGUGACAUCACAUAAGCGUUGCCUGAUAAUCCACCAAAACGUGUCAGUCCGUCUUGUCCAUUUGACAGGAGCAUAAUGGUAUCAAAUGCAUAGUUGUGACAGAAACAAACAUGUGCCUAGAAGGAUACUCCUGUUUUCUCAGUGUUCCACUGUAAUUUAUUUGUGAAAGUACGUUUUCAUCGUUUUUCUUUCCCUUGUGUUUUUUGUACUUGCAUCAGCUUUUUCAGACAUAAGAGAGCGGUUUAUAUGUUUCUUUCAGUAUUUGCAAGACUUUGGAUCUGCUACCAUAAAUAUUUGAUACUAUAUGUAUUGAUGGUGUUCACCUCAAUAUUACAUCAGUGUACUCAGUCACAAGGUGCCUUAGUGUGUUAAAUGUCAUUGGAUGUACCAAAACUGCCAUUACGUGUCUUUGGGUUUAUUUUUAUUUGCUAUUAUUAUUAUUAUUAUUUAGUAGCAUUGAGUGUGUAGCCUCAACAUUAUGUUGUAUUAAAAUGUAUCUAUACUAAGUCGUCCUUCUACUUCCUUAUUUAACCCUUAGUGCUCACGCAGCACAGGUUAGUGCUGCAGGCGCACUUUGGUAAAUUGUUGUACACAAUACACAAUAGGUCAUAGGUUUUUUUUUCAUCUCCGCAUGUGCUUAGUCAGUUAUAAUUUUAUGCUUUUUAAACCAAUAAAAUAAAACGUUGAGCACUUUACGCUCAGGUGUGUUAAUAUAGUUGGUGAAAAUCCAUCCCUUUUCCAACACUUUAGCUUCCACAGGAGAGUCCCAGGGGUGCUGUGACAAUCUCAGUUGACAUAGGGUGAUGCAGGUACACCCUGGACAGUUUUGCAGUCUGUCGCAGGGCCACAUAUAGAGACAAACAACCAUACUUCGAUGCAUGUUUCUGAAUUAAAAUGGCAGUUAAUGCUGUAACAUCCCAUUAAAAUGGUCAGUCGUCAGUAUUUCCCUUUUAACUUUGAUUAUAGCUUUGUCAGCCAAGCAUUACUGUGACAAUUUGAUGA